AUGGCUUCAGUCAUGGAGGCAUUCAAUGCCUCCGCAACCGCAUACGCCAAUGCCCGAGAGGCGACCAUCCUCGCCACCGAUUCGAGCUUGAUCAGCAAUAUAGUCAACAAUGUCAACAUCUUCAGUGUCUUCUUCACCCUCUUCGCCAUUGCUGUGGCGUAUGAUCAAGUAACUUACUGGCGCCUCAAAGCCAACAUCGCCGGCGAACCUCUCAAGAUCCCCUUCGUCGGUCCCUUCCACGAAUCCGUCAAGCCCAGCUUCGAGAAAUAUUACGCUAAAUGGCUCACCGGGCCCCUCUCCUGCGUCUCCGUCUUCCACAAAUUCGUCAUCAUCGCCUCGACCCGCGACAUGGCUCGUAAGAUCUUCAACAGCCCGACAUAUGUCAAGCCCUGCGUGGUUGACGUCGCACAUAAACUUCUCAGAGCCGAGAACUGGGUGUUCCUAGAUGGGAAGGCACACGUAGAAUACAGGAAAGGAUUGAAUGGCCUCUUUACCCGACAGGCGCUGGAAACGUACUUGCCAGGUCAGCAAGAGGUUUAUAGAGACUACUUCCAGGAAUUCUGCGACAUCACGUCUCGGAAUGAUGGAGCGCCCAAGCCAUUCGUCUACAUGUUCCGUGAGCUCAUGUGUGCCGUUUCUUGCCGGACGUUCGUGGGACAUUACAUGAGUCGCGAGGGCGUCAAGCAGAUUGCAGACGACUACUACAACAUCACGGCCGCCAUGGAGUUAGUCAACUUUCCCAUAAUCAUUCCCUACACCAAGACAUGGUAUGGCAAGAAAGCUGCGGACCAGGUCAUCGAGGCGUUCAGCAACUGUGCGGCCAAAGCUCGUGUACGCAUGCGGCAGAAGGGCGCUCAGCCAGAGUGUAUUAUCGAUCGCUGGCUGCUGCAACAGAUGGAGAGUGAGCGGUAUCGGGAGCGCAUUGCAAAGGGCGAGGAAGUGCCGGAUGAGGAGAAGCCACAACAGUUAUUGAGGAACUUCAGCGACUACGAGAUCAGCAUGACAGUCAUGACAUUCCUCUUCGCGAGCCAGGACGCCACGAGUUCGGCUUGCAGCUGGAUUAUGCAAUUGCUUGCUGAUCGACCAGAGAUGCUGGCAAAGGUUCGCGAGGAGGGAUUGAGGAUACGACCGGAUCCACGUUCAGAUGUUACGCUUGAGAUGCUGGAGAAUAUGCACUGGACCCGCGCCUGUGUAAAAGAAACCCUCCGCUACCGCCCUCCCGUAAUCAUGGUCCCCUACCUCGUGAAAAAGGACUUCCACAUCCCCGAAUCAAACUACACCGCCAAAAAAGGCAGCAUGAUCAUCCCCUCCACCUGGCUCUCCCUCCACGACCCAGAAGUCUAUUCCGAUCCGGACACCUACGACCCGGAACGAUGGAUCUCCGGCAACGCGGAGGAGCAAGGAAAGAACUGGUUGGUCUUCGGCACAGGGCCGCAUUACUGCAUCGGACAGACGUACGCCGUUCUCAAUCUGAUAUGUUUACUGCAUAUGAUGGCUUCGGAAUUGGAGUGGACGCAUGAGAUUACGCCUACUAGCGAGCAGAUACGGGUUUUUGCUACGAUUUUCCCGAUGGAUGAUCUGAGGUUGUCGUUUAGGCAGAAGGUGGACGGUGAGACUGGCGUAGCGGCGUGA